AUGGCCGCUUCCGCCAAUUCUUCCUCUACUUCUGACAACACUCCCAACACUCUCUGUACCUUUAAUCCUUCCUCCAGCAUUACUAUCACAAAACUUACCCGCACCAACUUUCCAACUUGGAAAGCAACCAUCCUUCCCUAUCUUAAGGGUCAGAAAGUGUUUGGCUAUGUUGAUGGCACUAUUAAAAUGCCUGCGCAGGAAAUUACUCUCAGUGAUGGCAACAUGCAACCCAACCCAGCCUUUGAAAUCUGGGAAACUCAAGAUAAUCUUAUUCUAAGCUGUAUUAAUGCCUCUCUUACUGAUGAUGUACUCAUGCAGGUAGCACACUGCACAACUUCUUAUGAAGUCUGGACAUCUCUUCACACUGCUUUUGCUACACAAUCAAAAGCCAAGGCCAUCCAAGUCCGUUCGCAACUUGCUACUGCUCGGAAAACUACUCAGUCUAUUACAUACUAUUUCAUGUAUGUGAAGACGCUGUCUGAUGACUUUGCUAUGGCAGGACAACCCCUUAAAUGUGAUGAAAUCAUCACAUAUCUACUCGCUGGUCUUGGACCUGAGUAUGAUGCUCUUGUUACAACAGUUUCUAUUAAAGAAAAUGUCACCCUAGAAGAGGUGUACUCUAUGCUACUCACCUGUGAUGCACGUGUGCAGCAACAUCAACAAGCUCUCUUGUCUGCCACACCACCGGCCAAUGUUGCUACCAAGCAACAAUCUUUUUCUGGAUCUCGUGGUAGUAGCAACAAUUCUAUCUUUCGAGGCAGAGGCCGUGGCCAACACUCCUCCUGUGGUAGCGGUAAUUUCCAAACUGCUUCUCAUUCAAAUAACAACUACAAUAAUCUUUGGUGUCAGCUAUGUGAUAAACCUGGCCCUACUGCGGCUCGCUGCUUCAAGAGAUUUGAUAGUCACUUUCUUCCACAACCUCCUCGCCCAACUCCUCAAGCGAACAUUGCCUCCAACCAACUCUCUUAG